AUGUCAGAUUCCAACACAACUGACUUCACCAACCCCUCCACCUUCAUCCUGAUGGGCAUUCCUGGCCUGGAGGCAGCCCACGUCUGGAUCUCCAUCCCCUUCUGCGUCAUGUACGCCAUAGCCAUCCUGGGUAACUUCACCAUCCUGUUCAUUGUGAAGAUGGAGAAGAGCCUCCAUGGGCCCAUGUACUAUUUCCUCUGCAUGCUGGCCGUCACCGACUUGGUCAUAUCUACGUCCAUCCUGCCCAAAAUGCUGAGCAUCUUCUGGUUCAAUUCCAGAGAGAUCAAUUUCAGUGCUUGCCUCAUCCAGCUGUAUGUCUUUCACUGCUUCUCAGGGAUGGAGUCUGGGAUCUUCGUGGCCAUGGCUUUGGAUCGCUACGUGGCCAUCUGUGAUCCCCUAAGACAUGCAACCACUCUGACAAACCCCGUGGUGGCUAAGAUUGGCCUGGCCUUAGUGCUGCGCGGUGGGAUACUCGUAUUGCCCUAUCCCCUCUUGUUGAGGCAGUGGCCAUAUUGCAGAACCAACGUCAUCCCUCAGCCGUACUGCGCCCACAUGGCCGUGGUGAAGCUGGCCUGCGCUGACAUCCGUGUCAGUAGUUACUACGGACUCUUUGUUCAGUUCUGUGUGAUGGGUCUGGAUGUGAUUUUUAUUGUCAUGUCGUAUACCCAGAUCCUCAGGGUCAUCUUCAGCCUUCCCACAAAGGACGCCCGUCUCAAGACUUUUGGGACUUGCACCUCACACCUCUGUGCCAUCUUAGUCUUUUACAUCCCAAGCCUCUUCUUCUCUCUCACUUACCGAUUUCACCAGAAUGUGCCCCGGCAUUUCCAUGUUCUCAUUACCAAUGUGUACUACUUGAUGCCCCCCACGCUAAACCCCCUCAUCUAUGGUAUGAGGACCAAACAGAUCCGGGGCAGGCUGCUCCGGAUCUUUACUCAUAAAGGCACCUAA